AUGGUCGGGGUGUUCCUGUUCUGGGUCUUUGUGGGCCGCUGCUCCCCGCUCUCGCUGGCGGUGCCGGCUGUGCCCGUGGCCGUGGUUCCCGGGGGCACCGCCCUGCUCCCCACCGCCCUGCGGCUCCCGGCCCCGCCGCCCCCUUUCUUCCAGGUGCGCUGGCGCUUCCUGCCCACGGGCCGCCUGGUGCUGCUGUUGGCGGCCCAGGACUGCGGCGAGGCGGCCCCCUGGCGCCGGUCCUGCCGCCUGGCCCUGGAGCACGGCCGGGGCUACGAGGGCCGGGCCGGCCUGGGCCCCCGCGACGCCGCACUGCUGCUGCGGGACGCCCGCCCCGAGGACGCCGGCACCUACCGCGUCAGCGUGCUGGGCCUGGACGUGACGGCCUCGGCCGAGGUCAACCUGACCCUGGCCCCCGCCCCUACCCCCGCCGCAGAUACCAGUCUCCCUACAGACCCCACCACUGUCCUGCCUCCCACCGCACCAGCACCUGCCAACAGCACCGAACUGCAGGGCCUCUGGCUCCCAGCUUCGCCCCCUGGGGCCCUGCAUCUCGGCUCUCUGCUCCGGCCCCCCUUACGGGACAUGGAGCCGCCCCUCGCCCCGGUGUGGGCCACGCUGGAUGGAGGGGGAGCUGUGGUGUCCAAUGCUGUCCGGCUGGGCCUAGCGGGCCUGGUCCUCUGCCUUCUGGCGCUGAUCGUGGGGGAGUAUGUUCUGUCCACGAGAAACAAGGACACCUUGGGGACAGGUUCGCCCCCAGAUGCUGCUGCAACUAUCACUACACUGUCGACGAUAUACGUCCUCCAAGAGAUGCCCAUUUCAGAUGCCUCAGAGGAAUUAUAUGCCAGCCUGAGUUUCUGAUCCUGCUGUAUGAUUGCACACACGUGCUGCCGUUUCUCCUCUGAAACCCGCACUCACCAUCAACAUUAGCUGGAAUUGUGCUCCUGCAGUGGUGAGUUCCACCGGUCGCUGCCACGCUGCUUAAUAACCCGAGACACUGUAGCAAAGUCCAGUGCAAGCCUGCAUGCUCUCUGCCUGAACGGUCUUUGGUUUAAGAUUGGAAGGGGCUGAUGAGACGAGAAAGAACAGACGUCAAGCUUCCAGGUUGGAGCCCCAGCCUCUGUAAAUGUGUGUCACUUUGUUGGAGUCAGUGUGGCCAGACCCCCAGCAGGUGUGACUCAGCCCUCGCUCCAUUGCAAUCAGUGGGGCCAGAUCCCCGCAGGUGUGACUCAGCUCUCGCUCCAUUGCAAUCAGUGGGGCCAGAUCCCCACAGGUGUGACUCAGCCCUCGCUCCAUUGCAAUCUGUGGGGCCAGACCCCCAGCAGGUGUGACUCAGCCCUCGCUCCAUUGCAAUCAGUGGGGCCAGAUCCCCGCAGGUGUGACUCAGCCCUCACUCCAUUGCAAUCUGUAGGGCCAGACCCCCAGCAGGUGUGACUCAGCCCUCGCUCCAUUGCAAUCUGUGGGUCCAGACCCCCAGCAGGUGUGACUCAGCCCUCGCUCCAUUGCAAUCUGUGGGGCCAGAUCCCCGCAGGUGUGACUCAUCCCUCGCUCCAUUGCAAUCAGUGGGGCCAGAC